GCACUUGGAGCUCUCAGUCAUUCUCCCUUUUCAAUUUUGAUAGCGGUCUGAAUCCCAAACGUCAAGGAAAGAAUCCCCUGGCUGUUGCUCUCUGCUCUUUUCCGUACCUGAUUGGAGCACCCACAUUUGAUUUCGAUUUUGCCGAAGGAAAUCGAUGAUACUUUUGCAGUCUCAUUCAAGGUUUCUGCUUCAGACCUUGAUGAAUCGGGUUCAACAUUGCUUUUUGGAAGGCUAUUUAGGUUUCAUAUGCGUUGAAAUGAAGAUUUUAUUGAAUCCAAGUCUUGAAAAAGGUGUUGAACUGGACUACCACUGGUUUGAGUUUGAUGAUUUUCGAUAUCAUAUUCAGGUGACUAUAAAGAAUCCACAUAUUUUGUUGUUAUCGGUAUCCUUGCCUAUCCCUCCUCCAGAAACAAUUUUCUUGGGUGGACUUCCUUUUGGAGCCAUAGAAGCAAUAAAAGCUGCAUAUGGCACGCUUGUACAAAUACUUGAUCCUCCAAGGGAUGGCUUUAACCUCACAUUAAAAAUAAAUCUUUCUAAGCUUCCAACGAAUCAAGAUCAAAGAUAUGCUUUUUUGCUGAAAGUUGCAUCGGUUAGGGAGGUGGUACUAGGUGCACCACUGAGAGUAAUUCUAAAACAUCUCGCUACAAGAACUGUUGCUCCUGACUUGAGUCCACUUGUUGCCCUUGUGCAUCGCCCAAAUGAGUCUUUCUUUCUUGUUCCUCAGGCUGAUAAGGUGAUUGUGGUGUAUCCUAUGAGAUUCAACGAUUCCAUAGACAUUGUUCUCGCAACUUCCUUCUUGCAGGAAUUUGUGGAAGCUAGGCGGACAGGUGGGCUAUAUAAUGCCCCUCCUUGUUCAUGGUCUCUUUCUCCUCCAUCAGAACUGAAAGAAGCACCGGCUCAUGCAUUAUCAGCAAAUGCAGGAUUUGUGACAUUUGGUUCUUAUUUUGAAAAAUACUUUUGUUUGUUUAUUUACGUCAUUCAUUUGCUGCUUUCACCACAAUAUGUGUUCGACUCUGCAGUUAUCCUUCCUCGUCAUGUACAAGGCCAGAAAUUGGAUCGUACAGUCUGGAAUUUAUCAACUUUUCACGCAUAUGUUAGCUAUCAUGUUAAGUGCUCUGAAGGAUUUAUGCAUACACGGAUGCGGCGUCGAGUGGAGACCUUGAUUCAGACACUGGAUCGUGCAAAACCAGAUUUUGAGGAUUCCAAGAUAACAUCACAGACCCGAUCCUUCAAACGUCUGAGCCUCAAGGAUUCAAAGUCAAGCAACAACUCAUUUUCAAAAGGUGAAGCUCGAUGAGAAAGCAGCCGUAUGAUUAUUUUAGGUCAAACAAUGAGAAUCCAAGGAAUUGCUGGUACAUUUUUUGAACUAGGGUCUCCAACGUGCCUUUCUGUAAUUUUUUUUUUCUGGUAAUGUCCCAACAUUGCAAUUUCAUUUUUCAUUUUUCUUUGAAUUAUUGGCUUUUAUAUAAAAUAAAGUACAUUUUGAUAUUUUGAAGUUUCAAAAUGAUGAAAUUUUGUAUUUUUUACGUUUUUCAAAAAUAUGAUAUAAUUAUGAUAUUUUUCUUUAAAAAAUCAUAAAUAAUACAAAAAUUUAUCGUUUUGGGACUUUAAGAUAUCAAAAUGUUUUUAAUUUUAUGUAGAAGUUAAUGAUCUAAAAAAAAAAAAAUUGGUAAUUUGGAGCAUUACAAAGAAUAUUGAAAAACAUACAUUUGAUGCCUCUAGUCCAUAUUUUUGUGGGCUGCCAGAUGCUUGUAACUAGAUGCUAUGCUUCCUAGUGGAUUCAUACAUUUCAUAUCUAGAAUGUUUCAGAUAAUUGUAAUUUAUUCCUGUGAGUACGAGACAAGAUAAUUGACUAACUGAAUUAGUCA